AUGCGCACUAUAUGGCACUGGCUAUUCAUAUCUAUUACUGGACUGCUAACCCAUGCUUCGUCUGAGUUCGAGUUGAAGGACCACGACUUUGUGCAAUUCGAUCGAUCUUCUCCUGAUUACGAAACGAUACUCACGCCUCGCGAUUUUGAGCGAGCUGAGCAACUGGGUAAUGGACCUCAUUACAACAAGUAUGACACCGAUGAUCCUGAUGCUAUGUACAAAAAGGACCUAUUCGAGGGAGACAUUGCCAAUGAAAACGCGAGUUUUUCUUGUUUUCUACAGUUUUUACAAAAUAAUUGUGAUUAG